UUGAAAAUAAAAAAAAAAAAUCGAACUUGAUCAUCAUUAUCAUCGCUCGACAGCGACAUCUAUGAUCCGAUGAUGUUGAAUCGUUUCAAUCGAUAUUUCGAAUGUUUAAUGACAGGACAAAGUAAAAAAAAAAUUCACAGUAGCAGCUGAUUGAUGAACUUUAUUUGUCCGCGAUUGAAUCAUCCAACAAUCAUCAUGUCUGAUCGUGGUCUUAGUCCAUUCAUAAAAGCAUUUGUUUAUUUUGUCCGUACAUUGAAACCAUCGAGAAUUAUUGGAACACCACGUGCACAAUUCAUCGGCAGUGAUCAUUUGGGUAAUAAAUAUUUUGAAAUUAAAAAUGAUCCAAAUAGAAAUUCGAAAACAAUCAGAUAUUUUAAAUCGGUAAAUAUUGACGAUUGGGAUGAAUUACCACCUGAAUGGAAUGCAUGGUUACGUAUGCGACGAUUAGAUCCACCAACAAUGGAAGAAUCAAUGAGAAAUUUACAAAGAAUUCAAAAAUUUAAAAAGUCAUCUGAAAUAAUAUCAUCAAAAGAUAUUGGUGGCCGUGGUGGUCAUGAACCACAAACAAAUUUUCCUAAAUUUCAUGAAUAUGAACAAAAUCCUGGAUCAAAAUACAAACCAGAUAAAUGAUUUAUGAUUGGAAAGAUAUUGGAAAGAAAUUUAUUUUGUAAUCAUAAUUUUGUAUAUGGUGAUAAAUAGCGAAAAAAAUGAUGAAAAAAAAUUCACCAAUUCGAUGAUGAUUUCAUUUCUCUUUCUUUGCCUUUGAUUUCA